CGCGCACUCCGUCAGCCUGCCUCUAGGAGGCUGGGCCCGCCUUCUCGUCCCCCUUCCCCUUCACGCUGGCUCCACCUCACGCGCUUUUCCUUUCCCCUCCUCCCCCUUCCCCGCUCUCGCGCUUCUUCUCCCCCCGGUUCCCCCCACCCGCCUCCCUGUCAGUGUGGUGGCUGCGCUGGGAAACAUGGCGUCGGAGGGGAUGAUUUUAACGAACCACGACCACCAAAUCCGCGUCGGGGUCCUCACAGUGAGUGACAGCUGCUUCAGGAAUCUCGCAGAGGAUCGUAGUGGGAUAAACCUUAAAGACCUCGUCCAAGAUCCUUCUUUGUUGGGUGGGACUAUAUCAGCUUACAAAAUAGUGCCCGAUGAAAUAGAAGAAAUUAAGGAGACUCUGAUAGACUGGUGUGAUGAAAAGGAACUUAACUUGAUUUUAACAACUGGAGGAACAGGUUUUGCACCAAGGGAUGUCACACCAGAGAAAUUCCCAACAUUCCCAUUUUGUGGGCUCCAGAAAGGGGCCACUAAAGAAGUAAUAGAACGGGAGGCCCCAGGGAUGGCCUUGGCAAUGCUGAUGGGAUCACUUAAUGUUACACCUCUGGGCAUGCUUUCUAGGCCUGUAUGUGGAAUCAGAGGGAAAACUCUCAUAAUUAACCUUCCAGGUAGCAAGAAAGGGUCACAGGAAUGCUUUCAGUUUAUACUGCCAGCCCUACCUCAUGCCAUUGACCUUUUGCGAGAUGCCAUUGUAAAAGUAAAAGAGGUGCAUGAUGAACUUGAGGAUCUACCUUCACCACCACCACCUCUUUCUCCUCCUCCAACCAUCAGCCCACACAAGCAGACAGAAGACAAAGGUGUACAGUGUGAGGAAGAGGAGGAAGAGAAAAAAGAUAGUGGAGUUGCUUCAACAGAGGAUAGUUCCUCUUCACAUAUAACUGCUGCAGCCAUUGCAGCUAAGAAGCAUCCAUCCUACACCAGUUAUGCUGCUAUCAUGGCAAAAGGUGAACAUCCCAUCCCUGGUAUCAUCCGUUAUUCCCAUCACGCAGCAGGAGAACCGAUUCCAGAUUCCAUCAUAUCUCGUGGUGUUCAAGUGCUUCCACGAGACACGGCCUCACUCAGCACUACCCCUUCUGAAUCUCCUCGUGCCCAGGCCACUUCUCGCCUCUCCACUGCUUCCUGUCCAACACCAAAACAAAUUAGACGCCCGGAUGAAAGCAAAGGAGUUGCUAGUAGAGUUGGAUCCCUCAAAGCUCGGCUCCCUUCGUGUUCAUCUACCUAUAGUGUUUCUGAGCUCCACUAUAAAUUGGAAGGGCUUAAAGAUGAACUCAGGAGGAAUAAAGGCUACGACUCGAGAGUCCAAUCCAGGUGCAGCAGUAAGGAGAACAUCCUCAGAGCCAGUCAUAGUGCCGUAGACAUUACAAAAGUGGCAAGAAGACACCGUAUGUCUCCAUUUCCAUUAACAUCAAUGGACAAAGCCUUCAUCACAGUACUGGAAAUGACCCCAGUGCUUGGAACAGAAAUAAUCAAUUAUCGAGAUGGAAUGGGCAGAGUUCUUGCCCAAGAUGUUUAUGCAAAAGACAACCUACCACCAUUUCCAGCUUCAGUAAAAGAUGGUUAUGCCGUCAGAGCUGCUGAUGGACCUGGGGAUCGUUUCAUCAUUGGGGAAUCCCAAGCUGGUGAGCAACCGACUCAGACUGUGAUGCCUGGUCAGGUAAUGCGAGUUACAACUGGUGCUCCAAUACCCUGUGGUGCUGAUGCUGUGGUGCAAGUAGAAGACACAGAACUCAUCAGGGAAUCAGAUGAUGGCACUGAAGAACUUGAGGUGCGUAUUCUGGUGCAGGCUCGACCAGGCCAAGAUAUCAGACCUAUAGGACAUGACAUUAAAAGAGGUGAAUGUGUGUUGGCCAAGGGAACACACAUGGGCCCAUCAGAAAUAGGUCUCCUAGCAACUGUUGGGGUAACAGAAGUUGAAGUUAAUAAGUUUCCAGUGGUUGCAGUCAUGUCCACAGGGAAUGAGCUACUGAAUCCUGAAGAUGACUUGUUACCAGGAAAGAUUAGAGACAGUAAUCGUUCAACCCUUCUAGCAACAAUUCAAGAACAUGGGUACCCAACAAUCAACCUGGGAAUUGUGGGAGAUAACCCAGAUGAUUUACUUAAUGCCUUGAAUGAGGGAAUCAGCCGUGCUGAUGUCAUCAUCACAUCAGGGGGUGUGUCCAUGGGAGAAAAGGACUAUCUUAAACAGGUGCUGGACAUUGAUCUUCAUGCUCAAAUUCACUUCGGCAGGGUUUUCAUGAAACCAGGCUUGCCAACAACCUUUGCAACUUUGGAUAUUGAUGGAGUAAGAAAAAUAAUAUUUGCACUCCCAGGGAAUCCUGUGUCAGCUGUUGUUACCUGCAAUCUCUUUGUUGUCCCAGCACUGAGGAAAAUGCAGGGAAUCCUGGACCCUCGGCCCACUAUUAUAAAAGCCAGGUUAUCAUGUGAUGUGAAAUUGGACCCUCGUCCAGAAUACCAUCGGUGCAUACUGACUUGGCAUCACCAAGAACCACUGCCUUGGGCACAAAGUACAGGGAAUCAGAUGAGCAGUCGUCUGAUGAGUAUGCGCAGUGCCAAUGGACUGUUGAUGCUACCUCCAAAGACAGAGCAGUAUGUGGAACUUCAUAAGGGAGAGGUGGUUGAUGUCAUGGUCAUUGGAAGGCUAUGAUGUCAUCAGCAAAAGAUGUUUUGAUGCAUGUCCACAUAUCAUUGACUGUAUCCUGUAAUAUGCAACGGCACAGCUAGUUUUUCUGAUUUGGAUAAAAGUUGAUCAGUAUAGUCAACACCUUGAACUAUAUUUCAAAUGGAUUUAAAUAAAUACCUUUUAAAAAAACUUUAAAAAACAAAUAUUAAAGAAAUCUAUUCUGAUUAUAUCAAAGCAGCUUUUUCCUUUCUUGCAAUUGCUUUGUGUGUUCAAUGCUAGUUCUGAUAGCGGUAGCUUUUAGUAGACAGCGGUAGGUGCCUGCAGAACUUGUGUUUUUUCUCAUCUUUAAGAUACAACUACUUAUGCUCUUAAAACAAGGCUGUCUGCUUAUUUAUACUAGCGUAGACAACACUUGGAUUUCCCUUAUUAGUAUGCUUCAUAACCGCUUCACAGAGAGCUUCUGCUUGUUCUUUAUCUUGUAUCUCGUGUUGAUGUGCACAGUGCCAAAAGCAGAGUGGCUGGAUUGGAAACCCGAUCAAGUCCCGAGGUUUCCCCCCUUGCUGCGCAUUCAGGGAUAUCUGUCAUCCCAGCAGCCACCCAGCUCAGUACUCUUGGGCAGUAACUGGAUACCUUUUGUUUAAACAAACAACAAAAAUUGCUUCCUUAAGUGCUGACAGCCUUUUUAACCAAUACAUUUAAAAAUGUACAGAAUUAAAAUCUAAAAAAAUCAAAGACUGAUCUUGUACAGAUAUUAGUGUUACCAGCAUUUGUGUGCAAAUUAAAUGAGCAAAGAGAUAAAACUAAUGUUAAACAACUCUGUACCAUAACAUUUUCUGUAAUGAUACUGAAACUUAAAUGAAUAAAAAAAAAUCCUUGAUCAUUAUUUAAAA